AUGGCCUGCCUGCUUCAUGCUCAGACACUCCUGCUGACCACCCUCAUGGUGCUUCUGAACCUGAAUCUGAACGCUGUGCUAGGUCAGUUAUUUAGUGACACACAUAAAGUCAGUAGGAAGCAGGAAGGGGUCACAGAAAUGCUGAGCUUUGCUGUCAACAAGUACAAUGAAAAAUACAGUGACUUGUACCUGAGCCGUGUUGUGGAAACAGUAUUUAUACGAAAAAAGUUUGGUGCUGAAAUAUACUUCUUUGGUGUGAUCCUAGCCCAAACCACAUGUUUGAAGUCCCAGUAUGACUUGACCAACUGUCCCUUCAAUGAGGAGGCUGAUCAGAAAAAGUUUCCACACCAUGGGUCUUUGGAAAUUUCACAGACUGGCACCAGGGCACCCAGUUUUGCCCAGCCUGCAAUGGAGAUAAUGAAGCAGCAACAGCAACAGCAGCAGCAGCAGCACCAGCAGCAGGUGCAGCAGAGAUAG